AUGGCCGACCCAAGCUCCCCGCAACCUCCAAGUGAGACCACGCCUUCCUUGAUCUCUUCUAUACCUCAAAAGCGUGCGCUCCCAGACGACACCCACAGUCCCGCCGUUCCCUCGCCCCUCAAUCCCGAUGGGAAAUCCCAAAAAGUACAGAUUCAGCCACCAGCAGAAGAAGGAACAACCAUGGGACGAGAGAAACGGACGAAAAAGGAGUCUCUCAAAAAGAGAGAGUCCAAGGGCGCCACGGGAGGUGACAGCUCGAGGGCUUCACCAACACCCAAGCCGAAAGAGCAACCUGGUGAGAUGGCGCCCUUGAGAUACAAGCUCGCGCCCCCAAAGAUCACCGACUUCGACCUUCCGCGUGGGCCAGUAUUCACCAGCCAUCACGAGAACUUCCACUACACCCACUGUAUUGCCGAUCCUACGUUUCCUUCCAUGUUCUACUAUCGCAACACUGAGCCAGAACCGUAUGGCGCCCACCUGAAUUUCGAAGAUGCCGCCUCGCACAUGUAUUUCGACCAGCAAGGCACACAUGUGACCUCUGAUAAGGGCUUCCGGAUGGCUCGUGCCAAUGUCGCAGUAAGGGAAGGGCGUUGGUACUGGGAGUGCAAGGUCACUCGUGGAAUUUUGAAGAAAAAAAACGAAGGCGAUCCAGAAUCCCAUGGGCACAUUCGUCUCGGAUUUGCGCGUAGGGAAGCCUCCCUCGAUGCGCCGGUUGGGUUUGACGCUUACAGCUAUGGAAUUCGGGACAAAUCUGGCCAGAAGAUUCACAUGUCUCGACCCAAAGACUUUUUCCCCGAAGGCGAGGACAUCAAAGAAGGAGACGUGAUUGGUCUCGAGAUCCAAUUACCUUCCGAGCGGCUGCACAGAAAAGUCGUUCAAGGGCACUACAACCCGGCUGUUGAUCUCAUCGCUGAAGACGAAGGCCAUCCCGACGGCAUCAGCGAGUACCCCAACAUCAUCCGCGACCGUAUUCCGAUCCGCUUCAAAGCUCACAUCUACUUUGAAAAGAUCGACUACCACACCACCAAAGAGUUGGAAGAGUUGAUGAAUCCAAGUUCGGGACCUAACAAUUCCUCCGAACCUCCCAACCCGAAUCACACCUCUCCAGCGUUGCGCACCCUUCCCAACUCAUACAUCAAGGUCUACAAGAAUGGGAAGUUUAUGGGUACUCCCUUCACCGAUCUGUUAGCUUUCUUGCCCCCAGCGUCAAGAAUGGUGAACAACCAACAAGCUGGCGGUAGCGGUGGGGCCGGCGUGUUGGGCGGCAGAGAUGUGCUUGAUGAUGGGUCGGUGGGGUAUUAUCCUGCCGUGAGUGUCUUUAGAGGAGGUGCCGUUGAGUGCAAUUUUGGGCCCAAUUUCUGGUAUCCUCCGCCUGAAUUUUCACAGCAACAACCGCAAGGGGAGGAUGUGAUUGUGGCCGAAGGUGAUGCUAGCCAGAAGCCAGAAGCGGGAGAAAAUCAGCCACGUGCAUUGGCGGAUAGAUAUGACGAGCAAAUAGUAGAGGACAUUCUCUAUGACAUUGUCGAUGAGGUUGGCUUCUGGUCUUUGGGGCUGGGGAGAGGUGGGAGUAAGGAUGAAAAGUUGGCUGAAGGAGGGACAGGCCUUGCUAUGCCACCAGGCGGUGGGAGGGAGGAGAUCAAGGAGUUGGUUCAGGAUGAUUAA